AUGUCGCAGUCAACUUCUUUGCUACGUAAAAGAGGGGUUCGCAUUGCGUUGGCCUUGUCGGGCGGAGUCGGAGCCGUGAUAUUAUCAACUAGAAGCGCCCGACAUAACAGGCGCCUCACGGACGAUCCAGCCACGAAUGCGAAAUCGGUCUCGGCAUCAGGCGAUGGCGUUAUCAAAACCGACGUCCUUGUUGUUGGUUCUGGGGGUGCUGCCCUGACGGCUGCUUUGCGGGCAAAGUCACUCGGACUCUCGGCACUGGUUGUCGAAAAGAGUGACAAGAUUGGCGGAACAUCCUGCUAUUCAGGAUCUGGCUGCUGGAUCCCAAACUCACAUAUUCACGCGGACCAGAGGGACAGUGUAGAAAAGGCGCGGACGUACAUGGAAACCAUCACCAAAGAUGUUGGACCGGCCUCAUCGCCCGAGCGCAAGACUGCAUUCUUGGAAAACGGACCCAAGAUGGUCAAAUGGCUCGAAGAUCAGGGCUACCGAUGGACUCCCACACCAGCAUAUCCAGACUACUUUCCGUACAAUGAAGGCGCUCAAGUUGGUGGGCGUACAAUUGAGGCUAACAGUUUUGAUAUCAAUCUGAUUGGCCCGUGGAAGGAAAAGCUCAACAUCAAUCCGGUACGCCCUCCGCUGCCGCUCUUCACGUACGAGCUGUCGAAAAUCGUGCGCGCCAAAUGUUCUGUAGAAGGCAUGUGGACGGCCGCCAAGAUAUUCGCCGUCCGCCCUUAUUGGAACAGACUCUUUGGUAGCGAGCCCACGACUCUUGGCGUAUCCAUGAUUAGCCAGCUCAUCUAUCUAAACGUGCGGGCCGGCACACCCAUCCUGACACAGUCGCCCAUGAAGGAACUAACGGUCAAGGAUGGCCGCGUGACGGGAGCAAUCAUUGAGCGCGAAGGCAAGACCAUUGCGGUAGAGGCAUCCCACGGUGUCAUUCUCGCAGCCGGUGGCUUUGCCAGAAACAAGGAGAUGCGCGAAAAGUUCCAGCAGCCAGGCAUCACGACCGACUGGACCUCCACAUGCCCCACGGAUAUGGGAGAGCCCAUUGCCGCGGCCAUGAAAAUCGGCGCGGCCACCGCCCUCAUGGACUCUGCAUGGUGGGGUGCCGCUCUUUGGGACCCCGUCACCAAGAAUGGCAUCUGGAGUUUAUAUGAUCGCGGCCUGCCGCAUUCCAUCAUUGUCGACAAGGAGGGCAAGCGCUUUGCCAACGAGUCACAAAACUACAAUUCCAUGGGGACGGCAAUAUUGAAGCGACAUGAAACCAUUGAUACUAUACCUGCAUAUCUGAUUCUGGACUCGACGCACAGGAAGCGGUAUCUCUUUGCUGGGAGAUAUAUGCCAGGUGCUGAGAUUCCGGACGAGGCCAUCAAGUCUGGGUUCAUUACAAAGGGAAACACAUUGGAGGAACUCGCGACACGGCUGGGGAUCAAUGCUGCUGGUUUGACAGAGACGGUUGGCCGUUUCAAUGGCUUCGUGGAGGCUGGGGUUGAUCAAGACUUUAGUCGAGGAAGCAGCGUCUAUGACUAUUUCUUGGGAGAUCCGUCAUAUUCCCCGAAUCGAAAUCUCGGCAAGAUUGAAAAAGGUCCAUUUUAUGCAUCCAGAAUAUGGCCAGGCGAUCUAGGCACAAAGGGUGGCGUUUUGACGGAUGACCGAGCUCGGGCACUGAGGGAAACACGACGCGGUGGUUAUGAGACGAUUCCGGGUCUGUAUGCUGUCGGCAAUUCGUCUGCAAGUGUUAUGGGCAGAAGCUACGCAGGAGCUGGCGCGACGCUAGGACCUGGGCUGACGUUUGCGUACAUUGCAGCCACUGAUUGUGCCAAAAAGGAGUAA